AUGGCCUUUCGAUUUGCAUUGGCACUUGGUGUGCUGACGACCCAGUUCUGGGGAACAGUGUCGUUAGAAUGCAAGUGUUCUCCCGGUGAACCUUGUUGGCCUUCGCCUUCAGAAUGGGAUUCUCUUAACAUGACUGUUUCUGGUCGCUUAAUUCGGACUGUGCUUCCCGCAUCAGUCUGCUAUACCGACGAACCGAACUAUGACCUCGAAGCCUGCGAUCGAGUCAUUGCGAGCUGGACAACGAACUCGUUCCAUUCUGAUGACCCUGCCAGCAUACAUAACCCUGCCAAAGCGAACAACAGCUGCAAUCCAAUUUAUUCCAAUGGAACGAGCACGGCUGGAGACCCGCUAGCCGAAGAUCGUGGCUGUGACAUUGGACCAUACCCACGCUUUGUGGUUAACGCAACAGAAGUAGCGCACGUACAGGCUGCGAUGAAAUUUGUCGACAAGCAUAACUUACGCUUGAUUAUCAAAAAUACCGGUCACAGUGGCAAGCCUAUAGGAGCAGGAGGUCUUUCUAUCUGGACUCACCAUAUGAAACAAAUGCAGCUCAUCGAAGACUUUCAACCGAGAUCGGCGAACGGAACUACAAGCUGCUCGGAGUCUUCAGCGCCACAAAAAAUACUUCGCGUCGGCGCUGGAGUGCAAGACAAUGAGGUUUUCCAAGCGGCUGCUCAAUACGAUCUUGCGGUUGUAGGAGGUACCAAUAGUGACGUCGGUCUAGUGGGUUGGGCUACAGGAGGCGGUCACGGCUACCUCACUAGUGAAUUUGGUCAGGGUGCAGACAACAUCGUUGAGGCAACUGUCGUCACUCCGAGAGGCGAAGUUCUGACAGCCAAUGCCUGCCAGAACUCGGAUCUACUCUGGGCGAUACGAGGCGGCGGCGGCGGCACAUUUGGUCUGAUCACUGAACUUGGUGUUCAAGCGCAUCCAAUGCCCCAAGUGACUGCAAUGGUAUUAUCCGUGUCAAAGACUGGAAAUUCUACGUCAUCCUGGUGGGCAUUGAUGGCAGGUUUGCAUGCUCACCUUCCAGACCUGAAGACACAUGGCGUCACGAGCUACUAUACGAUCGCAGGGCCUCCCUCGUACGAAGCUCUGACAUUCUAUGGAGUGUUCUUCGUUUACAACAAACCUAACGGAACCAUCGAGACAGCUAUGCAACCUCUUCUAUCAUUUCUCGAUGGAGCGAAUGGGACGGCAACUUUCCAGACGCAGACCCAAUCAGCCCCUAAAUGGAUAAGCCUAUUCGACAAGCUGCCGUCCGAUGGUAGCGCUGCUGGUGGAGGUGGUUCGUCAGCGUCUAGAUUGUUACCAGCAUCUUCUUUGACGGAUGAUAUGGCUCGUUUAGCUGAAGUGUUGGAGUUGAUCGGCCCUACCGAACAUGUACCUCAGACUGGUGUUUCCAACCCGAGUAUUGCAGGAAGUAUGUCUGCCAGCUCUAAGAAGGUUGACGACUCCCUCAAUCCCGCUUGGCGUGACGCUGUGGUCCAUCUAUUAGUUAAGGAUAGCUGGAGCGAUGCUCUUCCUUACCCGCAGGCACUAGCGGCUCAGUCAGACAUGACCAAUCUUAAAGGCGCCGCUCUGCGGAGCUUGGCCCCUAACUCUGGGACAUAUUUCAACGAGGCUGAUGCUUCGGAGCCCGACUGGCAGAGAUCGUUCUGGGGUGACAACUACGAAAAGCUUCGUCAGAUCAAGGAAAAGUACGAUCCACAUGCGAUGCAGUGGUGCGAAAAAUGCGUUGGAACUUGCAAUAGCCUCUGA